UGAUCUGCCUUUUUCGGAGGAUCCCCGGCACAUCUCUAACAAGCCGCAUGGAAAGUACCGUGAUAGCAGCCAAAGGCUAGCGCAUUCAUCGAAAUACCAGGAUACCGCAUCCGGAAUCCGCUCGUCCUCGCUUACAUCGACCAGCCUCUCUGUGCAGCUGGAAUCCAUACCCUUUCGAAUCGCCCCUUACUUACCACCAUCCUUCGAGAAGAUUGUGAAGCCACGAGGGGGUGGUGAGAGCCAAGCUGGAUAUUGCGGCGCUCGAACGACUCGGCCUGCAGGGCCCAGGGGAAGGAAGAGUGGAAGGGAAGGGGAGUGGGUACUUCUCGAGGUUGGAGAAAGUCCUAAAGUUCAAGAAGGGUGCGCCGAAAGAGGAAGAAGAAGAGAAGCUAAACACAGAGAUGAGUUCUGGGGCUGAGCCUGCAGGCAUCGAUGUUGACUCGGAGUACGACAACUACGUCGAAGAUGACGACAAUGAUGCAGACCGCAUGUCCUUCUACGCCUCCACCGGCGGCGGCUCCAUUGCAUCCAAAGUAACCUCGUACCGUUACGAAAACGGCCGCCGCUACCACUCCUACCGCGACGGAACCUACUACGCGCCCAACGACGAAAAGUACUCAAACUACGAAACCAUCGUCCACCACCUCUGGCUGCUAACUCUGAACGAUCAACUCUUCCUCGCACCCAUCCAAGAGCCCCAAAGGAUUCUGGACAUCGGCACCGGCACGGGGCUCUGGGCAAUCGAUAUGGCCGACUAUUUCCCGAAUGCUGAGAUUACCGCCACGGAUCUGAGUCCCAUACACCCACCGAAUCUACCUCCAAACCUAACCUUUGAGAUUGACGAUGCGAACUCCUCCUUCACCUACCCGCCGUCGCACUUUGACUUCAUCCACAUCCGGGGUCUAACGGGGUGCAUAAAAUCCUGGCCGGCCUUGUAUUCGCAAUGCUUACACGCCCUGCAACCAGGCGGCUGGAUAGAACAUCUCGAGUUCAGCGUCGAAACCAGCGCCUCCAGAACCUCCUCUACCUACUCGGACCAAAUCCUCACCGCCUUCAGCCAGUCCGUCCUCCAUGUCGGCGCUACCAAAACACACAUGUCCUUUGACGUAAUCAACACCAUGCACCCGACCCUCUCCCACCCGUCCUCUGGCUUUGUCGACGUGCACACACAGACCUUCAUCUGGCCGAUCGGGCCGUGGCCGAAAAACGCCCAUCUCAAGGAUUUGGGCCGCUGGGGCGAGAGGAACUGGUGCGACGGCAUCGAUGGGUGGGUUAUGGCGCUGUACACGAGGCUGCUGGGGUGGACGUAUGAGGAGGUCAAGGCGUUUGUGCGGGAUUUUCAGGAGGUGAUAAAGGACCGACGGGGACGGCUGUGGCAAGAGGUCAGGGUUGUCUAUGCAAGGAAGCCGUUUGAGGGGGAGGUGGUGGAUAAGGGGGUGGGUGGAGAGGAGGUUGAGAAGGAGAAGGAGAGGGAUGUGAAGGCUGGUGAUAUUGAGGAGGAGGAGUUGGAUAUGGAUGAUACGCGAUGAUACCCCAGAAUUGCAUUCAUGAC